AUGCGGUUCUCUAAGUCUCUGGUGCUGCUGGCAGCCUUGACCAGCAGCGCAGUUGCACGCCAUGGCUACCAUGCCCGUCAUGAAGACCAUGUCCGGCGCCAGGAUAGCGGCAGCACCAUCACGCUGACUGCGACCAACACCGUCUAUGUCUGCCCGUGUGAUUCGUCGACUUCAACCAGCCUGGCGUCGAUCUCGACGCCGAUCCCCACGACUACUUCGACUUCGACUAGUCAAUUGACGACGUCGACUUCGACCUCAACUUCGACCUCGACCUCAACUUCGACCUCGACCUCAACUUCGACCUCAACCUCAACCUCAACCUCAACCUGGACCUCAACCUCAACCUCAGCCUCAACCUCAACCUCGACUGAGGUCUCUACCUCGACUAUCGCUUCGUCCACGACUGCCGCUGCUUCGACCACUUCGUCUGGCGCCAGCGCCGACUGGACUGCCACUGCCGCCAGCGGCUCGUACUCUUCUUCGGGCUUCGGCACUCCGACCAACUCUUCCGGUUCAGGCGAUACCUACGUCGGCAACGUGGGCAGCCCUUACGGUAGCAACAUCAUUGAGGUUGCCAGCUCCGAGGCCAGCAGCUACAAGUAUGUUGUGCAAUUCCAGGGCUCGGACUCCGAGGACUGGGAGGUGGUGAUCUGGAACAAGAUCGGCUCCGAUGGCAAGAUGGACGGCUGGUAUGGCAACGCCUGCCACAGCUUCACCCUCGCGGCCGGUGCCACCAAGUACUACGCCUUCGAUACCGACUCUCAGGGUGGCUGGACUGCCGCUAAGGGCUCCAUUCCGACCAACAGCUACGGCAGCUAUGCUUCCACUUGGGGUGAGUUCGAUUUCGGCUCUAACUGCAACGAUGGCUGGUCUGGCUUCGAUGUUUCCGCCAUUCAGGCCCAGGAGGCCGAUCUCACCGUCCAGGGCAUGAAGAUCUGCAGUGCCCUGGACGAUGGCACUUGCUCCUCCAUCACCAGUGGCGGCACCGUUUCCAACGCCUACACCGCUGCUCUCGCCGACAAGGGCGGCAUUGGCGGUAACCUUGUUGCUGGUCCUGUCCGCCUGGCCGUCACUCUAGACUACAGCGGCUAA